AUGAAUCUUCUCGCUCUUUUCAUCUCAGCCCUGUGCUUGGGCUCGACUGUGCUCGGUGCUCCCGCGAAAAUUAAACGCGCAAACACCGUAAGCAGAACUACACCACCUUCAGGAUGUAUUUCCGUUGGUUCAAGUGGGACAUACUCGACCAUAAGUGCAGCACUCACAGCACUGGGUUCAUCAACUUCAUCGGCAUGCAUCUUUGUGUAUAGUGGCACCUACAGCGAACAGAUCAAAAUCGACUACGCAGGAUCUCUUAUCAUCUACGGCGAAACUACCGAUUCGGGCCUUUACAAAGACAACACUGUCACGAUCACGCAUACUAUCUCCUCAGAAGAAGCUGGAUCUUUAGAUCUUAGCGCAACAGUUAAUAUCGUUUCGGCAAAUGUCAAACUCUACAACCUCAACAUUGUGAACGGGUACGGCAAGGGUGCACAGGCUGUUGCUCUGGUCGCAAAUGCAGACAAGCUCGGCUUUUACGCAUGCCAAUUCACCGGAUACCAAGACACCCUUUAUGCCAAAUCCGGGACACAGUAUUACUCGAACUGCCUGAUUGAAGGUCUGCUCCCUCUCUCCUCUCGACGCAACCCUAUUCCAUACCAUUUCUAUAUUCUGACUUACAUCCCAGGUGCCGUGGACUAUAUUUUCGGCGACGCUUCCGCAUGGUUUGGCGAAUGCGACAUAGUUUCCAACGGCUCGGGCGCCAUCACCGCCAACUCGCGGGAAGAAUCCACCGAUACCUCGUGGUACGUUAUUGAUUCGUCCACUAUCAAGGCUGCCUCUGGAGUGGAUCUCGAUGGUGAAGUGUAUCUCGGCCGGCCGUGGCGCGUUCUUGCGCGUGUCAUUUAUCAGAACUCGGCUCUUGGCGAUUUGAUUAAUGCUGCUGGUUGGACGACUAUGGCUGCUGAUGCGACGCCGCUUUAUUAUGAGUUUGAUAAUACUGGGGCGGGAUCGAGUACUACUGACCGCUUGUAUGAGUCGUCCAUUUCUGCGGCUGUGACGCACGCUACGGUUCUUGGGAGCGAUUAUAAUGAUUGGAUCGAUGAAAGUUAUUAG